AUGUGCAUGUGUCUCCCCCUGCAGGCUGUCUCAAUCAAUACUGCAGGGAUUCACCUGCAGUGCAGUUCAGAAUCUACCACGGUCAAAAGUCACACAGCUGGUGAGAGCCUGCAGACCACGUCCUGGCCGGAACAAGGUCUUCCUGAAAGAGCCUCAGCUGACCUGCAUGUACAACUACGUGAAGAUGGUUCAAAUCUGACCCUCACUGACUUUCCUGCUGACAUGCUUCUGUACUACAACCUUCAGACACUGACGAAGGUGAACUGCGGGUCGUAUUUCAGAGCUCUGGGUGGAGCGGAUUUCUCGGUUCUCUCCAGCGUCCUCAACAGACAGUCUGCCUUGUUCACGAAUGCAAAGGACUGCCUGGGUAUAUCUGGUGUGAGUCUGAACAGGACUCAGGUGGAGGUUCUGGGUAAUAUGGCCUGCACACUGGACCCCACCUACAUCCAGAACUCUGACCCACUCAUCCUGGAGAAACUGAAGAACUGUGGAGAUCUUUCUGUCUCUCAGAUCACCGCAAUACAGACACUGCUCUUCUCUGGCAACAGUUCUUAUGGGUAA